CUAUAAAUAUGAAGGUGUUCUUCACUCCAAUCUCAUGAACUGACUGGCGUAUACGUAUAUAGUGGAAUCCCUCAUGGCUUUGGGUGCUGAAAAUCGAGCAUUCUCGGAUUCUGGCCAGGCUUUAAAUGUCAUGGGCAGGCAAUUUCCAAACUCAUCAUUUCUUACUCGCCUUGGAGUCCAUGAACUGUAUUCACCAGAGAUGUGGAGGGCAGCAUUUACAGAGCUAGUGGCAUCUGCUACCUUUUUGUUUACCCUCUCCACAACUAUUAUUGCAUGCCUGGAAUCACACGAGACUGCGCCUAAGCUUGUAAUACCGGUUGCUGUCUUCUUUAUUGCUCUCUUUUGGCUUUUACCAACUGUUCCUUUAUCCGGUGGAUUUUUUAGUCCUACGUUCACAUUCAUGGCAGCCCUAAGAGGUGUGAUAAGUUUCACCCGUGCUCUCUUCUAUUGCUUGGGGCAAUGCCUUGGGGCAAUAAUAGGUUAUAUUAUACUAAAGAGUGUCAUGGAUCCCACUAUAGCACAUAAGUAUGCUUUAGGUGGCUGCAUGGUUAAUGGUAACGGGGAAGGAGUGAGUGCAGGAACAGCACUGAUGAUAGAGUUUUCAUGCACAUUUCUGGUGCUGUAUACUGCUAUGACCAUCGUUUUGGAUAAGAAAAAGUGCCAAGACCUAGGCUUGACUAUGGUCUGUAUAAUAAUAUCAGGUGCCUAUGCUGUAUCAGUUUUUGUGUCGACUACAGUAACUGGGCGAGUCGGAUACGGUGGCGUGGGACUGAACCCUGCAAGGUGCUUGGCUCCGGCCCUGUUGCUGGGUGGCGCUUUAUGGGAUGGGCAUUGGGUUUUCUGGGUUGGGCCUGUUUGUGCGUGCAGCGUUUAUUAUGUAUGCAGUCUGAUGUUACCAAAACAGGGCUUUGUAAGAGCAGAUGAAGAACAACAUGUUUUGCAGUUGGUUCGGUCUUCUUGUUUAGGAUCCGAGUCUGCUAAUUACUUUGAGGGGAAAGUUUAAGGAAAUUCUUUAUGGUAAACUUCUACUUAAAACUGUAUUCUUUUUGUUUGGUUUUGUUUUAGUAUUUGGUAUGUCUGAGAGAUUCUUACAUAGGCUUGGUGUAUACACCAAAACUAAUAAAAGAGUGACAUGUAUGUAUGAGUAUUUUAUAUUUUUGUAUUGGAUAAUUGACACAUAUUUUAUCAUUUAAAACUAA